CAAGGAGCCCCUCACAUUGUCCCAAACUCCCAGUUUCAUGCUACCCCUCUAUAAGGAGGGCUUCUAGGCCUUACCAUUUGAACCCUGACCAAAAACACGCACGUAUUUUCUGUUGUUUCAGUUCAGCAAUUAAUGAUCUCUCCCUCCAUGGAAUCUUUUACGUGUAAAAGCCAGCCCUCUUCCUCUCCUUCCAACAUCCCAAGGCUUGCACUUGCAAUUUCAACCGCCACCAUCAUCUUCAUUCUAUUCUCAAUCGCGCAACCAUGCUUGGCCUCAUCAAGGCUGGACCGCUUGUCAUCCAACACCGAGUUCAUCAAGAACUCGUGCGGGUUCACCAUCUAUCCGGACGUGUGUUACCAAACGCUCUCCUCCUACGCAAGCACCAUCCAGACGAGCCCUGAGGCGAUGGCCAAUGCGGCCCUGUUGGUGACCCUCCAGAGCGCGCAGUCUGCUUCUGACAUGGUGUCCAAGUUGUCGAAGGCCGGUGGCCUCAGCCAGAGAGAAGAGGGGGCGGUGAUCGACUGCGUCGAGACCAUGAGCGACUCGGUCGACGAGAUCCGCCAGUCGUUGGUCGCGAUGAAGGGUCUUGAUGGCCCUGAAUUUGAGACCAACAUGAGCGACAUACAGACUUGGGUGAGUGCUGCUUUGACCGACGAGGACACUUGCAUGGAUGGAUUUCAAGAGGGCGGGCCUAGUGACAAUAAUAAAGUUAAAGGGCCAAUUAGAGACAGCAUUGUGAAGGUUGCUCAGUUAACUAGCAAUGCUUUGGCUCUUAUUAAUAGACUCCAGUAGUCUAAUCGCCACUUUCUCUAGUCGUAAGUUAAAAUCAGUCGCCAUGUUCUCUAGUGUGAUGUUACAUAUCAUCCAUGUAGAGAUUUGUGAUAUUGCUUUUGUUGGCCCAAACGAUAUGGCCUUAUGAAGAUAGUUAAUUGUAAACAAUGCAGGAGGGAUACAUAUUUACUAGACACGCUCCAAAUAUGAAAUUUCUAUUAGAUA